AAGGGGCCCGGGCGGCGGCCAUUUUGUCUUAUCGGCUGCUCUUUGGAAGAGGCUUUUUCGGCUUGAGAGUGGGCCGAGGGGUUUGGCGGCCGCCGAGUGGCUGGUGUUUUUCGUUGGUGGGUGCUAGGGCUGGUGUGAGCAGCCGCCCGGAGGAAGCACCAUGAUUUCGGCCGCGCAAUUGUUGGAUGAGUUAAUGGGCCGGGACCGAAACCUCGCCCCGGACGAGAAGCGCAGCAACGUGCGGUGGGACCACGAGAGCGUUUGUAAAUAUUAUCUCUGUGGUUUUUGUCCUGCGGAGCUGUUCACAAACACCCGAUCUGAUCUUGGUCCAUGUGAAAAAAUUCAUGAUGAAAAUCUAAGAAAACAGUAUGAGAAGAGUUCUCGUUUUAUGAAAGUCGGCUAUGAGAGAGAUUUUUUGCGAUACUUACAGAGCUUACUUGCUGAGGUAGAGCGUAGAAUUAGACGAGGUCAUGCUCGUUUGGCAUUAUCACAAAAUCAGCAGUCCUCUGGGGCUGCUGGUCCAACAGGCAAAAAUGAAGAAAAAAUUCAGGUUCUGACAGACAAAAUUGAUGUGCUUCUACAGCAGAUUGAAGAGUUAGGAUCUGAAGGAAAGGUAGAAGAAGCCCAGGGAAUGAUGAAGCUGGUUGAACAGUUAAAAGAAGAGAGAGAAUUGCUAAGAUCUACCACCUCGACUAUUGAAAGUUUUGCUGCCCAAGAAAAACAAAUGGAAGUUUGUGAAGUGUGUGGAGCCUUUUUGAUAGUAGGAGAUGCCCAGUCCCGGGUAGAUGACCAUUUGAUGGGAAAACAACACAUGGGCUAUGCCAAAAUUAAAGCAACUGUGGAAGAAUUAAAAGAAAAGUUAAGAAAACGAACAGAGGAACCUGACCGGGAUGAACGUCUCAAAAAAGAGAAGCAGGAAAGAGAGGAAAGAGAAAAAGAACGGGAGAGAGAAAGGGAAGAACGGGAAAGGAAAAGACGAAGAGAAGAAGAAGAAAGAGAGAAAGAGAGAGCUCGUGACAGAGAAAGAAGAAAGAGAAGUCGUUCCCGGAGUAGACACUCAAGCCGAACUUCCGACCGAAGAUGCAGCAGGUCUCGGGACCAUAAACGAUCACGGAGUCGAGACAGAAGGCGGAGCAGAAGUAGAGAUCGACGAAGAAGCAGAAGCCAUGACAGAUCAGAAAGAAAACAUAGAUCUCGCAGUCGGGAUCGAAGAAGAUCAAAAAGCCGAGAUCGAAAGUCAUAUAAACACCGGAGUAAAAGUCGGGACAGAGAGCAAGAUAGAAAGUCCAAGGAGAAAGAAAAGAGGGGAUCUGAUGAUAAAAAAAGUAGUGUGAAGCCCAGUAGUCGAGAAAAACAAAGUGAAGACACAAACGCUGAAUCGAAGGAAAGUGAUACUAAGAAUGAGGUCAAUGGGACCAGUGAAGACAUUAAAUCUGAAGUGCAGCGUAAGUAUGCACAGAUGAAGAUGGAUCUAAGCCGAGUAAGAAGACAUACAAAAGCCUCUUCUGAAGGAAAAGACAGUGUAGUCCUGCAAAACAUUUUGAGGUACAUUGUUUUGUCUCAGCUAUUUUGUAGCAGACUUCGUGCCCCCAUUAGUGUGCCUCUUUGGAAAUUAUUGUCCACCUAUGUAAUAUAGUCGCCAUUGAAAAGUUAAUUAUCCUUUUUUUAGGGAUUUUGCUGUCAUUUCUUUUUUUUUUUUUUAAUAAAAAGGUUGAACUGUUUUUUUGUUUUUGUUUUUUUCUUUUUGGUAUUAAGUCCAUCUUGUGUUGGUACAUUGGCAGAAACAUAUGCUUUAAAAACUUAACUAUUUCUGAGGCACAUGUUGGACUACUUUGUUUUAAUUAAACUGCUAGUAUUUCUUUGUCAAGGAUGUUUCUAGUUUUUUGCUUUAUUGCCUUGCAUUCUAAUGCAGUUUGUUCUGUAACUCGAGAGCCAGUAGCAUUGGAUUGAUGGAAGUGUAGGGUUUAUGAAUUAUUGCAGCUGACUACCAUACCUCACACAGCGUUGGUGUUGUGAGCGGCCCAUGAAAAGCCAAAUUAGAAAUCAAGGAUUCAGUCAAACUAAGCAGGUACUCAUGCCAGGUACUCCUUUCUCUACCCACAUCCGUGUUUGAAUGCUAUUGCCUGUGACCUUUACGCUUAACUGUUGUGUAUCCUUUUUGUUCUUUACGAGAAGCAUAGGAGGGGUUUUUUGUGUAUUGCGUGAAAUCUUAAAAAUCAUAUGUUAACAGAAUGGAAUUUUUUUUCAACUGUGUGUAGGGAUGCAGUGGUGCCCAGAAUUAGAUAUCUUUAAAGAAUUUAAAAUACAAUAAACACUUCAUAUUAUCCGCCUUGUUACAUUCAGUGCAAUUCUCAAGUCUUUAAGAGGUAUGUGUUUAACAUUUCCUACUGUGUAGGAGAAUUUGCAGUCAGCCAUAGUAUAGAGGAAUAGUCACUGGCUGAGACAUUGAAAGAAACAGCAUCUAGCAAGGACAGACGCUUGCAUCAGUAACAUGAAGAACUGAUUGACUAUCGGAUGAGGUUGGGUUCUUAAAGAACUGUUUGAAGCUAGGUUUUGUAGGUGUUCUUUAAACCUCUAACUGUUUGAUCUUUGGGCUAGUGGCGUGGGAUAAA